AUGGCAUUUUAUUCUGCAUCCGAAUUUGUGAGGGAAUCUGAACCUUCGGGUUCACCUUCUCGUUCACCUUCCCAAUCGCCGGUAUAUUCCUCCUAUUCGCAAGGCCGCACGAGCCCUUCCCAGGUGGCAAACCAUCAUCAUCACGCCUCAGACCAUACUCUGCCUGCUGUUCCACGACUUGGAGUACCGGCUUCACCUCACCACCACGAGAGCAAUCAGGAUAGGUAUGAUGAAGAGAUUCAUGAGGUUGUGAACCACCCUCACCAGGCAUCGGAACACGUUCUUCCUAGUGUACCAUAUGUCCCGAUGUCUCCACAACACCGUGAUCAUCCUGCGCUCGCUAACAGUCCUAUCAUGCAUCCCCACCGCUCUUCAGAACAUAUUCUUCCCGAAGUGCCUGCUGCGCAUCCAACGGAACACUCAACCUCUGAUAUGAGUGACCGUCAUGGUAUUCAUAAAAUGAAGUCACCCAAGAAGGCCAGUCGCCCUAUCUGGCGUCCUUAG